UAAGGUAUGUAUAUUUAUUCUAACUGACCAAAUUAAAAUUUUGUUGUUUUGUUCAAACAGGAAAAACGACACAGCACAAUGGUCCCGACCUGGAGGAAGGUGAAGAAAAAUCACCCCUUCUUCAGCCUAACACUCUGCAGAAAGAUGUUGCUGAUAAGCCACUUGUCAAUCAUGUGGAGACCCCACAGACAAAUGAGACAUCCAUUGACCAGGUGGGGACCCUGCUGAAGGAUGUUGCUGAUGAGCAAGACGUGGAUCAGGUUAAGACUCCGCAGAUGGGUGCUGCUGAUGGGUCAGUUGUCAAUCAUGUAGAGACCACACUAAAUGAUGCUGCUGAUAGGUCAUCCCUCAAUCAAGCUGUGACCCCAAAGAUGGAUAUUAAUGAUAAUCAAUCCAUGGAUCAGGUUAAGACUCCGCAGACGGGUGUUACUGAUGGGUCAGUUGUCAAUCAUGUAGAGACCCCAGUAAAUGAUGUUGCUGAUAUGUCAUCCCUCAAUCUAGCUGUGACCCCACAGAUGGACAUUAAUCAUGGACAAGCUGUGAAUCAGGUUGAAAUACUGCAGACAGCAGUUGGUGACGAGCAAGCUGUACAUCAGGUUGAGAUUCUGCAGAUGGGUAUUGCUAGAGGGGCACUUGGUAAUCAGGAUAAGACCCCACAGACAGUUGUUGCCAAAGGGCCAUUCGGUAAUCAGGCUGAGACCCCACAGACAAGUGUUUCUAAAGUGCAAUGCGGUAAUCAGACCAAGACCCCACAGACGGGUGUUGCUAAAGUGAAUUGCGGUAAUCAGGCUGAGACCCCACAGACAAGUGUUUCUAAAGUGCAAUGCGGUAAUCAGGCUGAGACCCCACAGACGAGUGUUUCUAAAGUGCAAUGCGGUAAUCAGUCUGAGGCCCUGCAGACGAGUGUUUCUAAAGUGCAAUGCGAUAAUCAGGCUGAGACCCCACAGACGAGUGUUUCUAAAGUGCAAUGCGGUAAUCAGGCUGAGACCCCACAGAAGAGUGUUUCUAAAGUGCAAUGCGGUAAUCAGACCAAGACCCCACAGACGGGUGUUGCUAAAGUGCAAUGCGGUAAUCAGACCAAGACCCCACAGACGGGUGUUGCUAAAGUGAAUUGUGGUAAUCAGGCUGAGACCCCACAGACGAGUGUUUCUAAAGUGCAAUUCGGUAAUCAGUAUGAGGCCCUGCAGACGAGUGUUUCUAAAGUGCAAUGCGGUAAUCAGUCUGAGGCUCUGCAGACGAGUGUUUCUAAAGUGCAAUGCGGCAAUCAGGCUGAGACCCCACAGACGAGUGUUUCUAAAGUGCAAUGCGGUAAUCAGGCUGAGACCCCACAGACGAGUGUUUCUAAAGUGCAAUGCGGUAAUCAGUCUGAAGCCCUGCAGACGAGUGUUUCUAAAGUGCAACGCGGUAAUCAGACCAAGACCCCACAGACGGGUGUUGCUAAAGUGAAUUGCAGUAAACAGGCUGAGACCCCACAGACAAGUGUUUCUAAAGUGCAACGCGGUAAUCAGACCAAGACCCCACAGACGGGUGUUGCUAAAGUGAAUUGCGGUAAUCAGGCUGAGACCCCACAGACAAGUGUUUCUAAAGUGCAACGCGGUAAUCAGACCAAGACCCCACAGACAGGUGUUGCUAAAGUGAAUUGCGGUAAUCAGGCUGAGACCCCACAGACAAGUGUUUCUAAAGUGCAUUGCGAUAAUCAGGCUGAGACCCCACAGAUGAGUGUUUCUAAAGUGCAAUUCGGUAAUCAGUAUGAGGCCCUGCAGAUGAGUGUUUCUAAAGUGCAAUGCGGUAAUCAGACCAAGACCCCACAGACGGGUGUUGCUAAAGUGAAUUGCGGUAAUCAGGCUGAGACCCCACAGACGAGUGUUUCUAAAGUGCAAUGCGAUAAUCAGGCUGAGACCCCACAUAUGAGUGUUUCUAAAGUGCAAUUCGGUAAUCAGUAUGAGGCCCUGCAGACGAGUGUUUCUAAAGUGCAAUGCGGUAAUCAGUCUGAGGCCCUGCAGACGAGUGUUUCUAAAGUGAAAUGCGGUAAUCAGGCUGAGAACCCACAGACGAGUGUUUCUAAAUUGCAAUGCGGUAAUCAGGCUGAGACCCCACAGACGAGUGUUUCUAAAGUGCAAUGCGGUAAUCAGUAUGAGGCCCUGCAGACGAGUGUUUCUAAAGUGCAAUGCGGUAAUCAGUCUGAGGCCCUGCAGACGAGUGUUUCUAAAGUGCAAUGCGGUAAUCAGGCUGAGACCCCACAGACGAGUGUUUCUAAAGUGCAAUGCGGUAAUCAGUCUGAGACCCCACAGACGAGUGUUUCUAAAGUGCAAUUCGGUAAUCAGUAUGAGGCCCUGCAGAUGAGUGUUUCUAAAGUGCAAUGCGGUAAUCAGUCUGAGGCCCUGCAGACGAGUGUUUCUAAAGUGCAAUGCGGUAAUCAGGCUGAGACCCCACAGACGAGUGUUUCUAAAGUGCAAUGCGGUAAUCAGGCUGAGACCCCACAGACGAGUGUUUCUAAAGUGCAAUGCGGUAAUCAGUCUGAAGCCCUGCAGACGAGUGUUUCUAAAGUGCAACGCGGUAAUCAGACCAAGACCCCACAGACGGGUGUUGCUAAAGUGAAUUGCAGUAAUCAGGCUGAGACCCCACAGACAAGUGUUUCUAAAGUGCAACGCGGUAAUCAGACCAAGACCCCACAGACAGGUGUUGCUAAAGUGAAUUGCGGUAAUCAGGCUGAGACCCCACAGACAAGUGUUUCUAAAGUGCAAUGCGGUAAUCAGCCUGAGACCCCACAGACGAGUGUUUCUAAAGUGCAAUGCGGUAAUCAGUCUGAGGCCCUGCAGACGAGUGUUUCUAAAGUGCAAUGCGAUAAUCAGGCUGAGACCCCACAGAUGAGUGUUUCUAAAGUGCAAUUCGGUAAUCAGUAUGAGGCCCUGCAGAUGAGUGUUUCUAAAGUGCAAUGCGGUAAUCAGACCAAGACCCCACAGACGGGUGUUGCUAAAGUGAAUUGCGGUAAUCAGGCUGAGACCCCACAGAUGAGUGUUUCUAAAGUGCAAUGCGAUAAUCAGGCUGAGACCCCACAGAUGAGUGUUUCUAAAGUGCAAUUCGGUAAUCAGUAUGAGGCCCUGCAGACGAGUGUUUCUAAAGUGCAAUGCGGUAAUCAGUCUGAGGCCCUGCAGACGAGUGUUUCUAAAGUGCAAUGCGGUAAUCAGGCUGAGACCCCACAGACGGGUGUUGCUAAAUUGCAAUGCGGUAAUCAGGCUGAGACCCCACAGACGAGUGUUUCUAAAGUGCAAUGCGGUACUCAGUAUGAGGCCCUGCAGACGAGUGUUUCUAAAGUGCAAUGCGGUAAUCAGACCAAGACCCCACAGACGGGUGUUGCUAAAGUGAAUUGCGGUAAUCAGGCUGAGACCCCACAGACGAGUGUUUCUAAAGUGCAAUGCGGUAACCAGGCUGAGACCCCACAGACGAGUGUUUCUAAAGUGCAAUGCGGUAAUCAGUCUGAGGCCCUGCAAACGAGUGUUUCUAAAGUGCAAUGCGGUAAUCAGGCUGAGACCCCACAGACGAGUGUUUCUAAAGUGCAAUGCGGUAAUCAGUCUGAGGCCCUGCAGACGGGUGUUGCUAAAAGGGUACACAGUAAUCAGGUUGAGACCCAACAGCCAAUGGCCUUUGCUAAAGGGGCAUGUCCUAAUCAGGCUGAGACCACAAAGACGGGUGUUGCUAAAGGGGAAUUCCGUAAUAAGACUGAGACUUCCAAGACGGGUGUUGCUAAAGGGGCAUUCCGUAAUCAGGCUGAGACCUCCCAGAAGGGUGUUGCUAAAGGGGCAUUCCGUAAUCAGGCUGAGACCUCCCAGAAGGGUGUUGCUAAAUGGGCAUUCAUUAAUCAGACCGAGACCCCAGAGACGGUUGUUGCUAAAGAGGCGUUCCACAAUCAGGCUCAGACCCAACAUCCGGGUGCUGCUAAAGGGGCAUGCCCUAAUCAGACUGAGACCCCGCAGAUGGCUGUUGCUAAAGGGGCAUGUCCUAAUCAGGCUGAGAUCCCAGAGUCAGGUGUUUAUAAAAGGGCACACCGUAAUCAGGCUGAGACCCCGCAGACGGGUGUUGCUAAAGGGGCAUGCCCUAAUCAGACUGAGACCCAACAGAUGGGUGUUGCUAAAGGGGCACGCCCUAAACAGGCUGAGACCCCAGAGAUGAACAUUUAUAAAGGGGCACGCCGUAAUUAGGCUAAGAACCCAAAGACAGGAGUUUAUGAAGGGGCACGCCGUAAUCACACUAAGACCCUGGAGAUGACUUUUGCUAAAGGGACACGCCCUAAUCAUACUGAGACCCCAGAUAAGGAUGUUUGUAAAGGGGCCAGGCUAUAAUCAGACUGAGACCCCACAGAUGGAAGAAUCAAUUUAUAUUUCGUAAUUAAUUUAUAAUUUAUAAAUAAUGUGUUAAUUUUGUUUAUAAUGUAUAUGUUUUUUAUGUUUGUUUACAGUUAAUUUUAUUUAUUAAGUAUAUUAAGAAUGUUGAUGUCUAACUGUAAAAAAAAAUUAGACUGAGGGUAGUAAAUUAAGUCCUGUGUCGCUAAAGACCCAAGGCAUGCAGGUUAAAUUAUUAAAGGUUAAUUAACAGCAUUUACAGUGUAAGACCCCAUAACACACUAAUCUAUUUUAAUCAGAUUAUUUGUAAUGACAUUAUGCAAUUUGCAAGAACUUUUUCACAGACUACUGGAUGUGCCCAAAUGCACACAUGGGAAUUUGAAUACAAUUAUCUGUCAAAAAACACACAAGUAUUGAACCGUAUCAGUAGAAAGUCUGUUGAUGAUACAGUACAUCUUUACAAUUUUAGCUUUGGCAUCUUGACAGAACUACAGAGAAACAUGAUUAAGACACCAGUAUGUUGAAUUUUAGAUGUUGUUGUAUUUAUUAUAGUUGUGAAAUAUAAUGUUUUUUACAGUGUAUCAUGAUACUGAUGUGAACAAUUCUGCAUAAUAAUUCUGAAAAAUAUUAAAUAAAUAAAUACAUAAA